UUGUGCAAGCGGGUCAUCCAAAGUUCACCGUAACGAGAAAUCAUAUAAGCAGUGGUCAUUGGUUGACCAGUACAGUUAAGCUUGACCAGUGGGUGGAUCAUAGUGUACGUUAGCUCACUCUCUCGUUAGAGUAACCACAUUUUACAACAUCUUACAGAUGUACACGGAAGAUUGGAUAUAUUGAUGGACUCUUAAGUAUUUAUCUAACAGGAUUUUAGUUUUGAAAUAUAGAAAAUAGUUUCAUGAAAAGGCCAAGAAGAUGACGGAAGCAGCGCUAGACCUCUCUGCUAAAUCCUCCCUGGGCAGCACCAAGUCCGACAAGGACUCAUUCAGUCUCAACUAUGCACCUGAGUCCCCACCCUCGCCUAGAACUCCCCUAAGACACACCUCCGGCGCCGACGACAAUGAAAGUGACUCGUCGUCGGCACCAACGUCAGCCAUAAAAGCAGUUCUAGGUCCAGUGCCAUCGAGUCUUCGGGACUCCCCUUGUUCAGUUGCCGACGGUGAAAAACAAGACUCUCUUCCAUCGUCGCCAUCGACGCCGAUAAGUAGACCAUUUAGUUCGUAUGCUAUGGAAUCCAUGGCAUCAAUGUUUUCGUCUCAAUCAUCACUUCUCGCAGCAUCCCAUUCACAAAUGCCGAUGGGGAUGGGACUUUCGUCCCUAUAUGACAGUUCGUCGGCGUUCCCGGCAUUCCCAGUGACUCCAUUAACAUCUCAUCUUUUGCAGAGGAAACGCCGAGCAGAAAGUCGAGCUAGUGUAAGUUCCAUAAACGAUAACAGCGAUGGUGAAGGCAAAAAACUUAAACAUGUGCCGGAUGAAAACAAAGAUGAAUCGUAUUGGGAAAGGAGGAGAAAAAACAAUGAAGCAGCUAAAAGAUCUCGGGACAGUCGUCGGCAUAAGGAGGAAGAGAUAGCAAUGAGAGCAGCUUUCUUGGAACAAGAGAACCUCAAACUCAGAGCACAAGUGACCAUUUUAAAGAACGAAACUGCUAAACUUCAUUACAUGCUGUACAACCGAAUAUGAGAUUUUUGUUCCUAAGUUUGUUUGCUUUGGUAUGAAACUCACAAUUACCUCAGUGCUUUGGAUCUGGACGAUAUUUAAAUGUGCUUUCUCAGGAAUAUGUUUUAUAUCUGUUGUUUAAGUGUGUUCAGUGGAUUUACUUACAAAUAGUUUUAUAUAUGUGUGUGCUGUCUGUAAAUUUUAACAUAUGUAAAUAUCAUUAUUUUACAAAAUAUUUAAAAUGUACAAAUACCUCAUUCGUGCUAACAAACUUCUUUUUUCCCUUUAAAGUUACAAGUUAGAUCAAUUUAUUGUUUGUCUUGUAAAUUGUGUUUAUUAUUUAUGAAGCUAAUAGUAUAUGUAAAAUUCCUGCGACCGACUUGUAACUGAUUCUAAACAUAUUUCUUUCUCAAUUUGGGAUAAAUAUUUUUGGAACUAUUUGCGAGGCCCGUCCGGGUACUAUAUGACCGAUAAAACCUCAUGUAGGGCCUAUCUUGGUGCAUUUGUAUGUUGUACAGUAGAUAGUAUAUAUCUGUUAGACUAACGUUUUAUUUCUUAAACAUUUAAAACAAAAAUGCAAUUUUGAAUAUACAGGAUUUUAUUAUUUUAGUGAUUUUUUACUAUCUUUGUAUAAUUUUGAAAUGAAACUUUCAUUAACUUACUUAUGAACAACAGAUAUGUGUUAUGCAGUACUAUAUACGUAUUUUGAAUCACUUGGUAUUGUUAUUUCUCAGGUAACAAUUCCUCAGGACACUCCAUAUAUAUCCAUCUACCUUAGUGUUGUGAAUGCUAACAUUUACUUGAAUUCGUUUAAAUGUUGGUGUGAUUUGGCCUUUAAACGGAACUCUUUUACGGGGUCAGCAUCGAAUUUGAUAUGUUCGUUUGAAAUGUGAACAGAAUGCUUGCUAUGCUGUAAUAAUUAAAAUGAUACAGUUUUAUAGAAUAUUUUCUGAUAUGUUGGAAAGUGUAAGUAACGCUAUUUAAAAAAGAUAACUACUUUAAGUUUGGAUUUACAAAAUUGUAUUCAAAUGAUACAUGUCAGUUGCUGUUAUUGUUCAAAAAUUACAACAAAAUAUAUCGUAAAUCUGAGCGAGUCCAUUCAAAUAUUGAUGAGGGAGAAGUGUUGUUGUUUUGAAAACUUUUGAUAUUUCAGGGAAUCUCACAUUUUGUGCUUAAAAUAUGCGUUUGUAAAAUCAGUGCUUAAAUAUGUAAAUCUGUGCUUAAUUAUGUGCGUGUUUUGAGAGUCAGUGCUUGAUUAUGUGCGACUGCAAAUCUGUGCUAUAUCAGUGCGUUUUGAAUGUGUUUGUGUGUUUACAUGUCUAUGUUUAUGUUCUGUAUGCAU